AAUCAUACACUUAUGUACAAACACCACUAGGUCCGCGAUCUACCGCAGGUAGAUUGCCUACCUGAUAAUAUACUGCUGCGAAUCAGAAUUUUUAUUCCGGGCAACAGAAAACAUAAGAUAAAUCUAGAACAUCAUCCAUCGAAUAUUAAAUAACGUAUUGAACAAAGUCUGAGUCAUAAAAAAUUGGCAUUUUUAACGAGCAACGAAGUGCAAAACAUGAAGUAAGCAAUACGAAGUCUAAAAGUAACAACAACGGCAAUACAAUUAUCGAAAAACCGAAACGACGAAUUACGACAACGGUGGCCUUAGACGGUUUGCUUUAGUUGCUUCGUUUAUUUCUUCGCUGAUAUACGCUCUUCGCGAUUGUCCGACCGCUGUGCUACGAGAGCCAUGAAGCCGUACGACAAAUCAAACUCUUUUAUGAGGAGGGUCACGAAACGCGUGUCCGAAUACAUACCAGGAAUGACGUGGAUGAAUACGCUGAUUAGCGAUGCGCAAACCGAUGACGACCGCACGUCAAUGACGGGAAACGACGACCAACCUCCAGUGAAGAAACUAUGUACGUCCAAUAACUCAUUCACAAACACCAAAUACCCGCCUACUAAUUCUACUGACAACCACAGGGGUUCAAAAAUAUCUGCCGUUACUUGUAUACCAAGUACAAGUAAACAAAGCCCAAAAUUUACAAGCCAAUCGAGUUCUCCCUUAGGUAUUCGUGAUACUGGCCUGCGAGCUGGCAUUAGAAGUAAACCUCCUGGUUAUAAUAAACGAAAAUGUGAUGUGGUAGAUUUGUCAAAUAUUACCAGACCCGGUCCAACAACAGUUUACAAUUUUGCUUCAUCAACACCUACAAUAAUUACAGCAACUAAUCAACCACUUAAAAUUAGUUUAAAAAGAUCGCUAAAUUUAGACAAUUCAUCUACUAGUAAUGAAUUUUUAACACCAACUUCAUCAAAACUGAUCAAACCAAGGGAGAAUGAAUCGCAUCAACAAUCUUCAUUAAAAUUUCAUGAUACAUCAACUAACCACCAAGUACCCUCAGCAUCAUUUAGGUGGGAUACAUUUGUCAAUUAUGGAGAAUUAUCAGAGCGUCAAAAAUUAUUUGCCCAAAAGUCACCUUUAAAUUGUUCUCAAGUUAUGUAUGGGGGCAGUUCUGCACGUUCAAGUUUAUCAAAAAUUUUAGGUAAUACUCCACCAAUUCAUAGAAAAGCAGUGAUACCGAUAUCUUCUUCAAAUAAUAGUGAAAUUAGAACAACUUCAUCUAUUCUUCUAGAACAUAUUUCCACUAAGAACAAGGAAAUCGAAGAAAAUAAAUUUAUUAUUCAACCUAAAGUGCAUCAAAGGCAUAAAGCAGUACAAAAAAAUGUACCUAUUAAAGUCGAAUCCACCAUCAAAAUUGUUGAAACAACACCUGAGAAAUCUGAUAGCAAAUCCAGUGAAGUCUCAUCAAAUUAUUCUGGCCGAGUUGAUUCAAAUACUACUAGAAAACUUCGAGUUAAUCUUUCAAAGAAGGGCCGUGUUCUUAAGUCUGAUGAACUUGAAAUGCCUACUGAAGUUAAUUUGCCUAAGGUUUAAAAAGAUCGCUAAAUUUAGACAAUUCAUCUACUAGUAAUGAAUUUUUAACACCAACUUCAUCAAAACUGAUCAAACCAAGGGAGAAUGAAUCGCAU